UUUUUAAAUAUGUUUUUUUUAAUUUACAUGUCUAAUGAUGAUCAGACCCGGCCUCGACAGCGUCGUGGUCGUGGUGGUACGGGGAGCCAGUCUCGGAGUUCGUCCAGCCAUAUUCAGGAUUCGCUUCGCCCGACAGCUCUUACCAUACAUCCCCCUCUCCAUUUCCCGCUCCUGCUCCUCCGGGUCCUCCGGGAGUGAUGAGUGUUGCGGAGUUGGUUCGACAACCCGGUCGUGACCAUCUUCCCUAUCUCAAUCUGUAUCCAUAUGGACGGGUUCAAACAUGGUAAUUAAACGUAUUUUUUUCACUAAAAUUUGAUUCAUUAUUAAUAAUUUGUUCUUUUUAUUAGGUUCAACUGAUCCGGAAACGGGAUCAGCGCAUUGGUCAACCGUAUGAUGUACUCGGUCCUCGACAAGGGACAUCCGACUUUCACUGACUUCCCUACCGACAAGCAGCAUCUGUGGUUUCGUCAGUUUGCGGUAAGUAUUCUAAUUUUUUACUUAUAUUUUUAAUCUUUAAUAUAAAUUUUCUACUAAUUGUGUUUUUUUUUCAGCAAGAAUUCAACUGGAAUUCUGAUGAUACGCUCUUUAUCUAUCACCAUUUCGUCCAUAAAGUUAUGGACAACUAUGGGAAGCAGAUGUACUAGUGGAAGAAGAAGUGGGAAAUAAACAAGGUGGCUUUUAAUUUAUUAAACAAUUUUUUAAUUUACUAAACUAUUUUUUUGUUUAUUUAACUAUUUUUUUUUUUUUAUUAUUAAAAGGUCCCAAAGUCGAUGAACGACACGGUCUGGAAGGAGUUGUGUGUGCAUUGGGAUAAGGAAGAGACGAAAGAAACUUCUUCCACCAACUCCACCAACCGCAGGAGCGAUCGUAAAGGGAAGGGCGUCUUCAAGCAUAACUUGGGUGCUCAAUCUAUUGCUACUCUGGGGGAUCGCAUGGCGGAAGAAAAUGAUGGCGAGCCGGUUGAUGAUCUCGCCCUAAUGAAGAGGGCAUAUGCCAACAAGAAGACCGGCCAGAUUGAUGAUGGUCUUGUGAGGGACAUGGUCACCCUGGUUCAAACUCAGGUGCAAGACGAAGUGUCUCAGUUUCAAACCGAGGAUGACGAUUCGACGGCUUCGACCAACUUGUCUCGGGUUCGAAUCAAUGAAAUCGUUGAAUAGGUAAGUUCUUUUUUUUUUAAGUUCAAUUCAUUUAUUUCUUGAGUUUUAUUUUAUCAUCUUUUAUAUUAUUUAAAUUUGGCUAUUUUCUAUUUCAGUCGGUUCCAAAGAAGAAGGGACGUUUGGUCGGUUUGGGUCGUCGCUCCCGGUCGGCUGCUCAUUUUUCUGCACCACCGCCCUUUGUUGAUCCAGAAGUACUUACAGCUCAGUUGAAGGACAAGGAUGAUCGCAUAUCUAUGUUGGAGACCCAGAUGGCGGCUCAACAGGCGGGCAAUAUGGCACAGAAGAGGCUGAACGAGCAAAUGAUGGAGAUGAUGAAGAGGAUGUACCUGAACGUGCAAGACCCGUAAUUUUUUUUUUGUUUUUUCAAAAACUCGGAAUGUUUUAUUUUUAUUUGUACAACUUUGAAUAUUAUCUAAUAUGUUUUCAAUUUUAAUUUUAAUUUUAUAUUUUCGAAUUUAAAUUUCAAAAAUUUUAAUUUAAAAAAAAAUUAAUUUUUUUUGAAAUUUCGAGGAAAAGAACCCUCGGAAAUUUUCGACAAACAUUUCCUCAGAACAAUUCCGAGGGAUUCUUCCUCGGAAUUUUCCGAGGGCUCCUUUAUUCGAAAUUUUCCGAGAGCUCCUUUCCUCGGAAAUUCCCGAUGAAAUUCCGAGGAACAUUUUGUCAGAACUUCCGAGGAUUGGACCAUCGGAAAGUCCAUCGAAAUAUUCCGAGGAAGUGCUCUCUCGAUAUAUUCCGAGGACCUUUCCGACGAACUGGUGGUCCUCGGAGUUUCCUUGAAAAUUCAUUUCCUCGGAAUUCCGUCGGAAAUUUCCGAGGAAAAAUGAAUUUCCGAGGAGUUAUUUCCGAGGACAUGUUUCGUCGAUAUGUCGUCGGAAUAACGUUAUUCCGACGACAUACCGACGAUUUUUUCCCUCGGUAUGCUGCUGUUUUCUUGUAGUGAAAAAACAAAAUGGAUGGUCUUACCUUAAGUUUCUGGGCUUCUUCAAGUUUCCCUUUCAGAUGAAGCUGUAAGAAUUUAGCAGCCAAUUGACUCACGCUUAACGAUUUCAUAUUGGGAAGAGUCGCUUCAGUGAUCUCCACGAGUUUCUACGAUUUCCACUUAUUCAUUCUUUUGCUUAGAAAGCAUUUUUCUUUCAUGAACCUUUCAUCAUCUGAAAACUUAUUCAACUGAGCUGCAGCUUCAGAUAUCAGCUUCGAGAUUUUCAUAUCUAUGGGUUUGGCCUUUUUUCCCCCAAGAUAAUUAACAUGAGCUUUUUUCGUGUUAGGUUUUGCUGUACUACUAGUUUUAUCCGUUCUUUUGGUUUUGCUGUGUUGAUGCAGAUUUUGGAGCAUCUGCAUCAAUAUUUGAGUUCAAUGGGUGCUAAAUCUUCUUCUAAUUCACUUGUGUUGCUAGUAUUGUGGCUUAUGAUCACUCAGCGUAUGGUAAACUAAUCCUUCUUGGAUUGUAACAUUAGUCUUUUGCUGAAAGUUGUGGAAUUAGUAGUAAUCCAGAUUUCUUUUUGUUUUGAGAAAAAGUAAUCUUGAUUUCUUCUGUGGUUAAAACGACAGAAACCUUGUAGAGUAAUUGUUUUGGAUUCUUUGUAGUAGUGUUUUUGUAUAAAAAUGACUGAGAAAAGUUAUUUGUCUUCA